UUCUCCCCUGGCAAACAUGAAGUUCCUUGCUCUUCUCGUCACUUUGGUGUGUGCUGCAGCCAUUGUUAGCGGCGAAUCAAAGAAUACUAAUCACAAUGUCAUCGUCAUCGGCAAACAAGCUGGAGCAGGUGCCCCAGCUGCAGCUGGUGCUGCCCCUGCUGCAGCCCCAGGUCCAGUCGCUGAUGCUAUCCCCGCAGCCAAAUAAACCGAUCGUCGUUCGACAUAACAGGCAUACUUAUUAUAAUGGAGCCCAUUUCAUUGUAUAUGUUUUGAGAUGUUCUGUAUCUAUGCAUAAAAUAGUGUGAACAAUU